UUCAUCCGGACACAGACUUCCAGUCUAUUGACGGUUCCAAUAUCGCGCCGGCAUUAUCCCCCGAAAUGCCUCUUACACCAGAGCGAUCUGUUUCGUUCCAUUGCGUUGUGGGUUGAAGACGUGGCAUGCAUGCAUAUCAUCUCACGAACAGAAUUUAUAGAUCAUUCCCCCGCGCCUGCAAACGGUUUCUCGACAUACCUCCCAUAUUUUGUUACAUUCACAACAAAACCUCCAUGUGCUGUACUUGCCCAAGAAAUUGCCGCCGAUGCCACCAUUGCUGUUUCCUGGUCCGUAAAGUUACCAGCCCCAGCUACCCCCUACUUCCCCUGACACCAUGCAAUUGUCAUUGACUCGUUGACAUAUAUAUUUCGUCAUGGAAUAUACAGCUCCUUAUGCGGGUGUCGGACGAACUAGGAUGGUACCAUGGGUACGCGUAUAUACAGAUGAUGGUGUGGCUCCCGGAGAUCCGGGCAAGACCUCCCUUGAUCUGAUUGAUGUAUCGUCAAAACGCACACCACAAAGUAAAGCAGGGUGCCACGUAGUAUGUUGUACUUGUCAGCUAUAUCUCCCU